UCCCUGUGUUUACAACUCCUGCAAGGCUGCUCGUGUCAAACUCUCGCGAGAUAAAGUGACAGGGCACCUCUCUGUCUCGAAGUGCGUGAAAAGUCAACGCACACAGUCAGAGAGGAUCCUGCAGCUUUAACGUGUGUGCACGCUGAGAAGUUUCAUGCUCAUCAGCUGUUAAGUAACUGACCUACUUAACUGAGCGGAAGAAAAACAAGCUCGUUAAACGGCGGAUAGAUCCGAGUCUGACCCCGGUGUGAGCUACCUGCACAGGCAGCACCUGUAACUCACCUGGAGCAGCAGCAGCGGCGGAGUGCACCGUGUUUUGACCAUGGCUGCAGCUGUGGAGCUCGGCUCGGUGUCCACGGGGCUCCGGGUCAUGUUUGCAAUGCUCACACCGAACGAGUCUUCUUUUGAGAAGGUGGAAGACGUCCCUAAGUAUGUGCAUGAGGCCACUCCUUUCUUUGUAGGGCUGAUAAUGCUGGAGCUGGUGGUGGGCGUGCUGAAGACCGGAGCCUCGGUAGUCACCAUCAGUGAUGGACUCACCUCCAUAUCUGCUGGGAUGACCUCCAGACUCCCACUGUUGUUCAUGAGAGGCUGCGAGCUGUCUGCUUACAUGUACGUGUGGGACCGGUACCGCCUGCUGGAGCUUCCCUGGGACAGCGCCUGGACCUGGUGGUUCACCUUCUUGGGCGUCGACUUCUGCUUCUACUGGGUCCACCGUAGCGCUCACGAGGUGGCCAUCCUUUGGGCUGCUCACCAGGUUCACCACAGUUCAGAGUAUUACAACCUCACCACCGCCCUCAGACAGUCGCUCACCCAGCAGUUCACAUCAUGGAUUUUCUACCUGCCCCUGGCUCUGGUUGUGCCCCCCUCGAUCUUCGCCGUUCACAUCCAGUUAAACCUCCUCUACCAGUUCUGGAUCCACACGGAGCUGAUCCGAGACCUUGGACCUCUGGAGUGGGUCUUCAACACCCCGAAACAUCACAGAGUCCAUCACGGGAGGAACCUUUACUGCAUUGACAAGAAUUAUGGAGGAAUUCUGAUCAUAUGGGAUCGAUUAUUUGGUACUUUUGCUCUGGAGACAGACAAAGUGGUGUACGGCCUGGUGUUCCCCAUCAAAACUUUUGAAAUCCUCCACGUCCAGUUACACUACUAUUCAUAUUUGUGGAGAAAGUCCAACGCCUACAAGAAACUCGUCAAUAAGCUGUCAACGUUCAUGAACGGUCCGAGCUGGAAACCUGGUAAACCUCGGCUAGGCGACCACGUCAACAAUCCGAAGGUUACCGGAGAGGAAGUGCCUCAUGAUCCCAGCUGGUCGCUGCCUUUACAAGUGUAUGUGGUCAUCCAUUUCCUGUUGGUGCUGCUGACUUACCACGACCUGUUUGAAAACAAGAUGAUGCUGUCCCAGUUAACCAUUCUGGGGAUGGCCGGCUACGUUCUGCUCACUCUCACCGCCCUGGGCUACAUCAUGGAUCAGAGGCCGACGGCGGCUGUCCUGGAGAUGCUACGCUGCGUCGUCAUGGUGACGCUGCAGAGGUACAGCUACGUGAAGCCCCCGCUGCCUUCGCUCGCUGCGCCCACAGAGGCCUUUGUCUCCCUCUCUCUGCUGUACUGGGCUCUGCAGAGCGUCUCUCAGCUGCUCAGCAUCAAGAAGAAGGCCGACUGAGUCGACGACACGACAGGAGACUGAAUUUCUUCUUUUUGAGUCACAAUCAUCGACAUGAUUCCUUUCCAACACUUUUUAAUAAGCUUGAACACACCUCGUCUGUGUCGCCGUCCAUCAGCAUGAUGCUGGAGAUGUUCCUUUCCUAAAACAUCUCCUGCUUUUUAUUUGAAAUGAACUUUCUAACAGAGAUGCUGCUAAUCGAGCCUCUAAUCAACUAAACUCAGCUGCUGUGUGACUUUUAUUGCCUUCAACUAUGCAACAUAUACCUCAGCUAAGGCUGCGCUGACUGAUACCUGCUGAUUUUACCUCUGACUUGCACAGCCCUGUACAGUGUAUUGCUUUUCUCAUUGCAAUAAAACUUUUGUAAUCUUG